UGGCCGGGCACAGUAUCAAGACGGCAGAGAUACAUUAUGCCCGGGAGAUGACCGACAACCCGACCCAGUUCCAGGAGUACCUCAACGGGGAGUGUCACGAAGAAGUAUAUUGGGCCAGCACGCGAGGAUAUGUGGAGACUCCGCGUGCGCCAAGGGCCGAUUCGCCAGGCGAGGUUUGAGUUGCAGCACACUUCCCAUGGCUCCUCAUAUCGCCCACCCCGCCUCUCCUCUCAGGCUGUAACGCAGGCUUGUAUCGAUAGGCUCAACCUGUCGAUCCUGUGGUAUUACAUCUGGGACCCGGAUGUCGCUGCAGGGAAGCGGCCGCUGGACGACGAGGAGGCUGAGCAGGGGUGUCGGCCGUUCGCUGAUGAGAUCCGCAAGUCCGUCCUUGUCGGGUUGCUCUACCUGGUUACACGUGACACAGAGAGAGGGGACCCAGUAUUUAGUUUGGCACCGCCCAACUGCCCCGAGGGUCAAGAAUUCGACCCGGUCGAACACUUCGACCUUUCCCGUUGUACUGUGACGAUCGACAGUCAAUGUACAGAUAUGGGAAUGAAGAACUAUUCGGCUGGAACUUGGGAUGAGAUUCGCACUGCCCUCGAAGAGGUACCCCUGAGCUAUCCAUUCUGGCGGGUAGAUCCAAAGGUCGGGCUCUUUCCAUGGAUAGGGGAGCUAGAUCGUCGGGUGGCUGUGGGACUGCUUGACGAUAUGGCCGAGACACCCCUUGUCCCAAUCGAACAUUGGACGAAUGGCGACUCACUCGCCUAUAGCUUCAAAUGCGAUCACUGUGAAGUCAACGACCAGUUUCAAACUGCAGGGCAAUUACGGAACACACUUAGUUAACGGAAUUGAGUCUGAUUUCCAUACCUUGUGGACCCAUGGUCUACACCUAUCCCACCGGACCCGCUCGACCAAGCUGUUUUCUAUACUUUCUCUAGGCUUGAUGGUCGAUAGGAAUGGCCGAAGACCCGCGUCUGCGCUGCUGCUGGUGGACCUGGGGCCUUGCCCCAUCAUUCUUUGCCGAGCACCUCCCUCUCGUCGGAGGCUCAUGUCUCUCGCGCCUCCGG